AUUUAUAAUAUGGUGUCUAUAAAAAAACUCGGAAUUGUCGGUUCCUGCACAUUUUCUAUCGGACUUAUCAGCUACAGUUUGGUAUUUCCUGCUAUACUGAAAUCGCAAGUUAAAUCUCAAGUUAGACUGAAGAAGGGCUCGGAAAUGCGCGGUUUUUGGGAGAAACUUCCGCAACCGCUGGAUUUUAAUAUCUAUGUCUUCAACGUGACUAAUCCUAUUGAAAUCAAGUCAGGAGCGAAGCCGAUUGUUCAAGAAAUAGGACCAUUUCACUAUGACUUGUAUCGCGAUAAGGAGAACAUCGAAGAUCGAGAUGCAGAUGACAGUGUCGAGUAUAGUUUACGACAAGUUUGGCACUUUAAUCGGGAGAAGAGCAUCAUGUCAGAGGAAACGGAGAUCUGCUCGUUUCAUCCUAUUAUGAUAGCGAUAGUCCUGGUCACUCUAAGGGACAAGCCAGGAGCGAUAGCAAUCGUUAUAUUGGCUUUAGAUAAGGCACUCGAGAGUAUUUUCAAAAAACCCGAGUCGAUAUUUAUCAAAACCACUGUGAAAGAUCUAUUUUUUCGUGGCAUAACGUUCGACUGUUCCGUAACGGACUUUGCUGGAUCCGCAGUAUGUGCAUCUCUAAAGGAAAGAAAAGAUGCGGGAUUAAUCGAAGAGGGUGACUUGAUUAGAUACGGUUAUCUUGCUGUGGCAAACGGAUCUUAUCUACCGGAACGCAUCAGAGUACUGCGUGGCAUCAAGAAUUACGAAGAUGUUGGCCGUGUGCUGACCUUAGGAAAUGAAACGAAGAUGAACGUAUGGUCCGACAGUCCUUGCAACGAUUUUCGUGGUACGGAUGGAACCAUCUUUCCACCGUUCCUCACCAAGGAAAAAGAUGUCUGGGCACACUUCCCAGAUAUUUGCCGAAGUAUAGCCGCCUAUUACGUUGGACCAGGAACUGUCCAAGGUUUCAAGACAUUGCACUACACGUCAGACAUGGGAGAUCCAACCAUGGACAAGGAUAUGAAGUGCCUGUGUGUCGAGCCCGAGGGAUGCAUGCCAAAGAACGUGUUCAACGCAGGACCGUGCUUAGGCGUGCCCAUGAGAAUAAGCCUGCCUCAUUUUUAUAAUUCCGAUCCGCGGUAUUACGAGAUGAUCGACGGCUUGAAUCCCGAUCCUAUGAAACACCAGAUGACUUUCGACUUUGAGCCGAUGACAGGCACGCCAAUAAGAGCGUACAAGAAGAUUCAGUUCAACGUGUUGGUCGGCCCCGUUCCCAAGCUCAAGCUGAUGGACUCUUUUCCAGAAGCGCUUUUCCCGAUAUUCUGGAUAGAGGACGGACUCGAGCUCGGGAAUAUUCUCAUAAAACCGCUGAAAAUUGCGUACUUGCAAAUUUUGGUCGCGCGAAUAAUAAUGUGGCUCAUUAUGUUGAGUGGAACAGGCAUGAUGAUCGUCGCCGCUAUGAGAUACUGCAAAGAGCAAAAUACGGAAAAUGUUGUACCGUCGACAAAAAGCAAGGAGGAAAAUAAUAUGCACCAGAAACCAAGUAUCAGUACUAUACCAGCUAGCGAAAUACCACUUAACAUUGAUUGGUCUCUCAACGUGACCGAGUCACGAACCUGCAGAGUCAGCAUAAAUUGCGCAUUUUCGAUCGCAUCGUCGUCGUUGUCGUCAGUGUAUCAUGCUCAAGAUGCCGUUCCAUUAGAGACGCGGAAGAAGUCUACGACGGGGUCGAGCAGGAGUACGCCGACGCCGGCUCUGUGUAAGACGUCGGUGUCAUUAUCGCGCGGACAGUUGGUACGCGACGAGCCGCGCACGAUCCACGGCGACGAGGGUGGCGUGAAGAUCGGCCAGGAGGAAACCGCACAGAGCGUUAGCAUGGUGUCCAUAAAGAAGCUCUGUAUUGGCGGUGUAUGUAUGUUCGUCGGCGGCAUUUUAUUCGGUUGGUGCGGAUUUCCUAAUAUGCUUAAAUGGGGGAUCAAAAAGCAAAUCUGUCUGAAGCCCGGUAACGAGGUACGCGACAUGUGGACUACCGUCCCGUUUGCGCUGGACUUCAAAGUCUACGUAUUCAAUGUGACCAACCCGGAGGAGAUUGCACAAGGCCAAAAGCCGAAGUUGCAAGAAGUUGGGCCGUUCUUCUACGACGAGUGGAAGGUGAAGCUGGACCUCGUCGACAAUGAGGCGGAUGAUACCGUCGAGUACAGUUUAAUGAACACGUGGAACUGGAAUCCCAAGAAGAGCAAUGGAUUGACGGGCGAAGAGGAAUUGGUGGUACCGCACCUCAUGAUCCUGGGCAUGGUGCAGGCCACCCUGAGGGAGAAGGCCUCCGCGAUCGGGGUUAUCGGCAAGGCGGUAAACAGUAUCUUCCACAAUCCAUCCUCUAUAUUCAUUAAAGCCAAAGCAAAGGAUAUACUCUUUGACGGUCUGCCCAUCGACUGCACGGUGACGGACUUCGCUGGAGCGGCGGUGUGCAACGUGCUGAAGACUGAAGCGAAGGAUCUGGUACCGGACGGCGAGAAUCGUUACAAGUUCUCCCUCUUCGGCGGGCAAAACCACAGCGUCAGGCCGGACCGUAUGAAGGUCCUGCGGGGGACCAAGAAUUACAAGGAUGUUGGCCGCGUCCUAGAAUUCGCCGGAAAACCCGCGUUAGACAUCUGGCCGGAGGACCAUUGCAACGAAUUCAAUGGCACCGACUCAACAAUCUUCCCAGCGCUAUUCGGACCGGACGACGACAUCGUAUCGUUCGGAUACGAGAUCUGUCGCAGUCUCAGUGCGCAUUAUAGCCAUCACAGCAAAGUUAAAGGCGUCAACACCCUCCAUUACACGGCGGAUUUGGGCGACAUGAGCACAAAUCCUAGGGAGAAGUGUUUCUGCCCGACCCCGGAGACUUGCUUGACGAAGAAUCUCUACGACAUGACAAAGUGUCUGGGCGUACCUAUAAUCGGAUCCCUGCCGCACUUUUACCAAUCCGACCCGAAGUACUUGGAAAUGGUGGACGGCUUGCGUCCGACUCAGGAGGAACAUGAAAUCGACAUGGAUUUCGAGCCGAUGACAGCCACGCCGCUACUCGCACACAAGCGACUGCAGUUCAACAUGUUCAUACAACCGGUAGCGAAGUUCAAGCUGAUGAAGAACUUCCCGGAGGCGUUGCUACCGCUCUUCUGGGUGGAGGAAGGUAUACUUCUCGAUGAUGAGUACGUCAACAAGGUGAAGUUGGUAUUCAAGCUGAUUGCGGUGGUUAACUUCAUGAAAUGGAUAAUGGUGUUCGGAGGGAUAGGCAUGGGGAUUGCAGCUGGAGUGCUACACUAUAAGAAUAAAGACAGCGACUCACUAGACAUCACGAAGAUCACACCGAAGACCGCUUCCAAUGAUGAAAAGAUGGACAAAAACUGGCCACCUGGCAUGAAUAUUAGCACGGUACAAGCGGCGAUACCGCCUAAUCUUGGGUAGAAAUUGAAUACAAUUAGCGAGAGGCUAAUAUCAGUAUUAAUCCGUCCCCUUUCAGUCCUUUAGAUACAUUUUUAACUGACAUUAUGACAAAUUUAAUAUUUUUAACAAUUUUAAAUCAAUUUUCUCGAAUACGAAGAUAAAAGAAAGAUAAACUUGUUUAAAUCAAUAUUAAGUGGGGAACGUAAUACUAAUAAAAUGAGAGAACGAUCAUAUAUUGCCAGUUAAUAUAUUAUCAAACAUGGACUGAAAGGAUCAAAAGGACCAAAAGGACCAAUUGUCAGGGAAGAUAUAAUAUGCUCUAUUAGAGCGAACUUUUCUCAGAGAAUAUAGGAAAAGAGUAUAGAUUCCGAAUGACAGAUUAAUUUAUUUUUGCUUUAAAGAAUGCUAAACUCAAGUGAAUGGUAAAGAGCGUAUAAAUAAGAUUUAAUAUAACAUGUAACAUAUACGAAAUUUCUUAUUUAACUACCUCGUUAUAAGAAUGUUAAACUGUUAUAACUGUUUCCGAUAAUGCACUUAUAUGUACAGUAUAAAUCAGCGAUUUUUAAUUGCGGUUCUUUCUUAAGAUGUUAAUUAUCAAAGAUAUAAUUUAUAAUUAUUGUAAUAUAGAAUAUAUUUAAUUAUAUUAUAAUACAAUUUCAAGAAUAUAUAAAACUAGCUUAAAGCUCACAUUUUGUAAAAGUAGCAAUUUUCGGUCUUAAAUCGAGAACAUAUUCGCAACGAUUAAAAGUUUAAGGCACCGCUGACAGAAGAUAUACACACGAUAAUACGAAUAAAUCUUUUUUCCUUAAUGAAGAAGGAUUAUUUAGAUUUAGAUUUUGGUCAUCGUCUAAUUAACAGAUAAGAUGCAAAGGUAUAAGAAUAACUACCAUUAUUCCAUGAUAAAUACACGCGCGCGCUCUAAGUAGGAAUGAUAGACACCAUUAAAGAAAUUAUAAAUUCAUACAUCCCUUUUAUUCAAUUUGUAUUUGUCAGAAUUAAUAAAACUAUUUUUGAAAGC